AACACUAGAAGGCUUCUCUGUCUGGGAGAAAGGGAGGUUGCAGAACCCCUGAUUUGGAUGCAGUGUAACUUACAACUUGGGGUUGGUGUGUGUGGCGCGUUAAGGGGCGUGGUUUUAAACACCAUUGGUCUGCGGUCACUUCAGUCUGGAGACCGGUGUGGAUGUCUGUCAUUUCGGUGCAGUGAGUGACCGGAGACGCGCCGCGCGCUUUAAGAACCGGAGCACGAGCCUGCACACCGGCGCAGCACAGCCGCGGCACUAUGAGCGCGUGCCGCCAACACAGUUAACUAACAAACACCAAUAACACACACACACACACACACACACACGGCCUACAGCAUACGAUGGAACCGCACCGCUGUCUACGGAUGUGCUCUUCUGACUUCGGCUCGGGAUUCGGAUUUAUUGAUUCGGGUUUACUCUCUUUCUGAGGACACUGUAUUUAUUAUUUAUUAUUUAUUAUUAGCUGCUGGAUUUGAAUCUGAUCAUUUAAAGCACGAGCCGCUGGAUUACUACUACUGUUUUUUUUUUUUUUUUAAUAUAUAUUAUUUUUGGGGAAAUAAUCUCAAGAAGAUGUAUGGAAUUAACCAGCGCUGUUUUUACUUAUCUUUUCACUUCUUCGUGGUCUGGUGCCAUGCACAGGGGGAGAAUGAGCCUUCUCCUGAUUUUAAGCAGCACGUGAGGGAGCAGGGCGCGCAGACGGACGAGCUCAGCCGGCGGCAGGUGCGCGUGUACCAGCUCUACAGCCGCACCAGCGGGCGCCACGUGCAGAUCCAGGGCAAGCGCGUGAGCGCCACCGCGGAGGACGGCAACACUUUCGCCAGGCUGUAUGUGGAGACGGACACAUUCGGCAGUCGGGUUCGGAUCAAAGGAGCCGAGAGUGGUCGAUAUCUCUGUAUGAACCGACGAGGAAAGCUGGUGGGCAAGGCCAGCGGCAGAGGCAGGGACUGCAUCUUCACCGAGAUCGUCCUGGAGAACAACUACACCGCCUUCCAGAACGCCAAGUAUGACGGCUGGUACGUAGCCUUCACUAGGAAAGGGAGACCCAUCAAAGCCUCCAAAACCAGGGAGAACCAGAGGGAAGUCCACUUCAUCAAGCGGCUCCACAAAGGCCCCCUUCCCUUCCCCAACUCGGACCGACCUAAACACUUCGAGUUCAUCAGCUUCCCUCCGAUGCGGCGAGCCAAGCGUAACAGGAAAUCACACACAGCUUCCUAACGCUGGGUGCCACAGACCUACAGGACUGAUUUUUUUUAUAACAAGACAGAAGAGGAAGCUAUAUUUUUUAUAUUUUCAUAGUUAAUGGACAUAAAAAUGCAAAAAAAAAAAAAAAAAAAAAGAAAGAUGACUCGUUAUAAGGGGGUGACUUGUACAUAUGGUAAGAUAAUGGGAGAUGAUGUAUAUAUUUAAUAAGCUCAGAAUGUUUGUGUGAGUUGUGUGAGCGCUUUGUGAAGAGAUGCAGGAGACACUGAAUUAUGGCAUAUUCAGUAAUAAAUGAGAUUAUAAAAUA